UGUGGAUGAGUGUGUGGAGGGGACCGACAACUGCCACAUUGAUGCUCUCUGCCAGAACACCCCGAGGUCCUACAAGUGCAUCUGCAAGUCUGGCUACACGGGGGAUGGUAAACACUGCAAAGAUGUGGAUGAGUGUGAACGAGAGGAUAACGCAGGCUGCGUGCACGACUGUGUCAACAUCCCGGGCAACUACCGGUGCACCUGCUAUGAUGGCUUCCACCUGGCACACGACGGACACAACUGCCUGGAUGUGGACGAGUGUGCCGAGGGCAACGGGGGCUGUCAGCAGAGCUGUGUCAACAUGAUGGGCAGCUAUGAGUGCCACUGCCGGGAAGGCUUCUUCCUCAGCGACAACCAGCACACCUGCAUCCAGCGGCCAGAAGAAGGAAUGAACUGCAUGAACAAGAACCAUGGCUGUGCUCACAUUUGCCGGGAGACGCCCAAAGGGGGUAUUGCCUGUGAAUGCCGCCCUGGCUUCGAGCUCACCAAGAACCAGCGGGACUGUAAAUUGACAUGCAACUAUGGUAACGGUGGCUGCCAGCACACGUGCGAUGACACAGAGCAGGGUCCCCGGUGCGGCUGCCAUGUCAAGUUUGUGCUCCAUACCGACGGGAAGACGUGCAUCGGGGAAAGGCGGCUAGAGCAGCACAUCCCCCCUCAGGCCGUUUCUAAUGAGACCUGUGCUGUUAACAACGGAGGCUGUGACAGUAAGUGCCACGAUGCAGCAACGGGUGUCCACUGCAGCUGCCCUGUGGGUUUCAUGCUGCAGCCAGACAGGAAGACCUGCAAAGACAUAGACGAGUGCCGUUUGAACAAUGGUGGCUGUGACCACAUUUGCCGCAACACCGUGGGCAGCUUUGAAUGCAGCUGCAAGAAGGGUUAUAAGCUUCUCAUCAAUGAGAGGAACUGCCAGGAUAUAGACGAGUGUUCCUUUGAUAGAACUUGUGACCACAUAUGUGUUAACACGCCGGGAAGCUUCCAGUGCCUCUGCCAUCAUGGCUACCUGCUGUAUGGUGUCACCCACUGUGGGGAUGUGGAUGAAUGCAGCAUCAACCGGGGAGGUUGCCGCUUCGGCUGUAUCAACACUCCUGGCAGCUACCAGUGUACCUGCCCGGCAGGCCAGGGCCGGCUGCACUGGAAUGGCAAGGAUUGCACAGAGCCUGUGAAGUGUCAGAACAGUCCUGGUGCGUCGAAAGCCAUGCUCAGCUGCAACCGCUCUGGCAAGAAGGACACCUGUGCCCUGACCUGCCCCUCCCGGGCCCGGUUUUUGCCAGAGUCUGAAAAUGGCUUCACGGUGAGCUGUGGCACCCCCAGCCCCAGGGCCACUCCAGCCCGAGCUGCCCACACCGGGAACAGCACAAACACCAACCACUGUCAUGAGGCUGCAGUGCUGUCGGUUAAACAGCGGGCCUCCUUCAAGAUCAAGGACGCCAAAUGCCGUUUGCACCUGCGAAACAAAGGCAAAAUGGAGGAGGCCAGCAGAAUCCUGGGGCCAGGUGCUGCGCCCUGCUCUGACUGCCAGGUCACCUUCAUCCACCUCAAGUGUGACUCCUCUCGGAAGGGCAAGGGCCGGAGGGCCCGGACCCCUCCAGGCAAGGAAGUCACUCGGCUCACCCUGGAACUGGAGGCAGAGGUCAGAGCUGAAGAAACCACAGCUGGCUGCGGGCUAUCCUGCCUCCGACAGCGGAUGGAGCGACGGCUGAAAGGGUCACUGAAGAUGCUUAGAAAGUCCAUCAACCAGGACCGCUUCCUCCUGCGCCUAGCAGGCCUUGAUUAUGAGCUGGCCCACAAACUGGGCCCGGUAGCUGGGGAGCGAGCUGAGCUGGUGGAGGCCUGUAGGCCAGGGCAGCACCGUGCCGGGGCCAAGUGUGUCAGCUGCCCGCAGGGAACGUAUUACCACGGCCAGACGGAGCAGUGUGUGCCAUGCCCAGCGGGCACCUUCCAGGAGAGAGAAGGGCAGCUCUCCUGCGACCUUUGCCCUGGGAGUGAUGCCCACGGGCCUCUUGGAGCCACCAACGUCACCACGUGUGCAGGUCAGUGCUCACCUGGCCAACACUCUGUAGAUGGGUUCAAGCCCUGCCAGCCAUGUCCACGUGGCACCUACCAACCUGAAGCGGGACGGACUCUGUGCUUUCCGUGUGGCGGGGGCCUCACUACCAAGCACGAGGGGGCCAUCUCCUUCCAAGACUGUGACACCAAAGUCCAGUGCUCCCCUGGGCACUACUACAACACCAGCAUCCAUCGCUGCAUCCGCUGUGCCAUGGGAUCCUAUCAGCCUGACUUCCGUCAGAACUUCUGUACCCGCUGUCCAGGAAACACUAGCACUGACUUCGAUGGCUCCACCAGUGUAGCCCAGUGCAAGAAUCGUCAGUGUGGUGGGGAGCUGGGUGAGUUCACUGGCUAUAUCGAGUCCCCCAACUACCCAGGCAACUACCCAGCCGGCGUGGAGUGCGUCUGGAACAUCAACCCUCCACCCAAGCGCAAGAUCCUUAUCGUGGUGCCCGAGAUCUUCCUGCCGUCUGAGGACGAGUGUGGGGACGUCCUUGUCAUGAGAAAGAACUCAUCCCCAGCCUCCAUUACCACCUACGAGACCUGCCAGACCUACGAGCGCCCCAUUGCCUUCACAGCCCGCUCCAGGAAGCUCUGGAUCAACUUCAAGACAAGUGAAGCCAACAGUGCCCGUGGCUUCCAGAUCCCUUAUGUUACCUAUGAUGAGGACUAUGAGCAGCUGGUAGAAGACAUUGUGCGAGAUGGCCGGCUCUACGCAUCUGAAAACCACCAGGAGAUUUUAAAGGACAAGAAGCUCAUCAAGGCCUUUUUUGAGGUGCUGGCUCACCCCCAGAACUACUUCAAGUAUACAGAGAAGCAUAAGGAGAUGCUGCCAAAAUCCUUUAUCAAGCUGCUCCGCUCCAAAGUCUCCAGCUUCCUGAGGCCCUACAAAUAGUGCCCUAUGCCCAAGACCCAGGUUUUGAAAACCCAGACUCCUUAGCCCUCACAGCCGGCAGCCUCCACCCUCAGAGGAGGAACUCUCACCGCUCUCUCUUCAGAGAAAAAAUAUAUCACUAUAUAGACCAAGAACUCUCCCUUUCUGUCUCUCUAGCUUCCUUUUCUUGUCUCUCUGUCUUUCUCUUUUCCUCUCUCCUGUUUUUCCUUUUACUACAUGCUCCCUGAAAAAGCCAUUCAGUGCUGGCUCUAUUCCCCCUGAGGGGUGAAGGAACAGUACCCUCCCUUCCCCAGCCACAAUGCCCAUUUUACCAGCUCACAUCCCUAACCCCAUCAGCCUGGAAGAGUGCUAGAGGCCCAGAAAGAAGUAGGUCUACUGGGGAGUGGGGAGGGAGAAGAGGGCUUCUGCCAUUAUAAGGUUGUGCCUUACUAGUCAGGAGCCAAAAUGUCCCCUGGCUGUCCCCCCCGCACCCCCCAGGUGAUUCUAACAGCCCAGGGUUCUGCCAAAGAAGCCUUUGACUUACAGACUUAGUGCUAGCACUGGUCCUCUGGGACACGCGGUUUGAGCCCUGGACCACCCAACACAGCCGCUUCUGUGUCUAGACAGCUCCUUCACUUCUUCCCCUGUCUGCCUGGGGUCCAAUCCAUGAGACCUUACAAAAGGCCCACACCACUGGGCUAGUGGACACCGGCUGAAUGAGGAAGAACAGCAGGCAUUGCCAUGUUGAAAGCACUGCUGUCACUCCUCAAGAGAAAGACUAUAGCUCUGCCAGACAGAAACCAGGUUCUAUAGCAUCGCCAAGAAAAAGAAAAAAAAAAAGGAAAGAAAUUGCAUCAACUAAAGGACUAGACUACAGAACUGGAAACCAGCCUCAAACACUAAUCCCUUUUCUUACUUGUCUUCCCUGGCCCAGCCAUCCCCUCACCCCGGCCCGAGUGCUCCCUGGGGGAGCCCAACUCCCCAUGCUAAGUGUUGUCCUUAAAGAAACAUGGCUGCUAAGCGAAAGCCAGCCUGGGCCUUACCCCAGCUUUGUCUUUCCCUUGUAGCCCCAGAUGGCUUGUGGGCUCCACCAAAGAGGACCCCACUCUGCAGCCAGCCCAGAGCCACCUACCUCUGGCCCCAGGCUGUGGGCAGCAAGAGGAAUGUGUGUGCACUUGGCAAGCCUUCUGCCCACCCUGUCCACAUCUAAUAAGUGCAAUCAUUUUAAGUCUAUGUUGUCUAGAGGGAAGGGUUUUUGUUUUCUGGUUUUGUUUUUUGUUUUUCUUUCUCCUCUAUUAGAAAAACCCUAUUUAUAGCUUCCCCAAAGAGAAGAGUAUAUGUUUGGAGUGAAGAACAAGGUUUUGAAUCUCAUGAACUUUGAGUGCUGGAGCAUCUGAUCUGUCUCUACUCCUCAACCGGUGGCCAUCCAGACCUCCUGAGCCCUCGGCAUGGGUAAGCCAGAGCUGCAGCUCAGAGGCACCUGAUGUGUAAGACAGUAAUUCUAGGGACUUUAUGGAGCAGGAAGGAAAGGGAUCUGUAUUUACUAAACCAAUCCUGCUAUCCCUAUGCCUCUCCUUGGAUUCCAUAUGGACCUUAUGACUGUAGAAGCCGAUGGAAUUGGUCAGUGAUUCUCCACCCCAAGAGAGAAACCUCCCAUCUUUUCCCUGCCUUCCUUCUGUUUUCCCCUGAUGUUCACAUGGAAGACCAGGACAAACCCCCUGGGGAUGGGCUGACUCAGGGCCCUGAGGCCAGAGACAAGGCUGAGGAAGCCAAGAGCAGGACAGUUAUCCAGGCGUGAAGUUGUUCGCCUGAGCUUGGCCAUCCCCUCUCGGAAUUGACUUCAAGUCUAGCUUCCUCAAGGACUGCUUUUCAGGAGGAAGCAGCAGCAAGUCCAUGCCCAAGCCCAGAUCCUGCACACUCCACACUCAGCCCACUGCUGCCUGUAAAAUUAUUUCCACUUGCUCCUAGUUUCCCCAAAGCUGUAGUCCUGUUCAAUCAAAGACUACCAGUUGACUCGUAGUGUUUAUUUCUAAGUGACUGUCCCAGGCUACUGCUCCCCCGGGAGACUCAACACUAAAUAAAGGAGCCGGACCCCCCUGGCUAGCCAAAACAGCCUUAGGGAGUAUGUAGCCAAUGCCACAGCUAGAUCCCCUCACAUCCAUUAGUCAACACCGAGGCUCUUAGGGGUGGAGUGUCUCGCUGACUUUGUCUCUCUGGAUCAAAGAGGGUGUCACUAUAAAGAUCCAAAAUGGUUGCCUCCAAGCAGGGAAAUGGCCGUUUAAUGGAAGUAUCCAUUCGUCCCAGGAGAUGCCAUGAAAGCUGCUUUAAUCAACUUUGACCAUCUUGAUUCUACACCAGAAGCUAGGCUAGCUUUCUGAUUCCUCUCUUCCUACCAUUUCCAUCUCUCUUAGAAAGCCAGCCGGGAGUGCUUCCCAAUUUUUGCCUUCAGGGUCUGGCUUCUUGUGCUCUUCCUUUCCUGUCACCCCAUACAUAUACAAACAUACUUCCUCCAAUCAUUUAUUCCGUGGUUUCUGAGAUCUGCAAAUGAUUUCUACAGUAUGGAAAGUAUGGGCCACUAGGCUUCUUAAUUGACAUCAAGGCAGAUCUUGGUGAGCAGGUGAAGACCUGCUAAUGUCCACCAAGUUUAAUUUAGGUUGUCCAAAUUGGGGGGUUAAGAACACAAGCAAAGCUGCUUGCUUAACCUAUGGAGGAAGCCAGCCCUGGGGCAUCAAACUAGGGAUUAAGUGGACUGAAUGAGGAGUCAACACUCAGGGACUCUCUUAGGCCUUUAUAGGCCAGACAGAAAAGGGGGGCUUUACCAGUGUGGGGAAAUGUAAAGGUGGUGUAAGUGGGAAUCCUUCACGAAUCAGCCCAGAGGCCACUGUGCAGGAUGGGUUUUUACAGGCCCACAGUACUGUAAAGCCUCAUUUAUCCUAGUAUAAAACCAGUCCUGAUCUGAGUCUGGGAAUGGGAAGCCAUUUCUGCUGGGGCUGUGUGCACCAAGUGAUGCAUAUCAGAAAAGCAUUAAAGCCUCAGCAACAUGUAAUCCCUUCUAUUUCUUGGCCUUCCUCUUUCUGUAUUAGGCCAGGCCCAUUCCCUAAACCUGAGGGAACUCUCAGAGUAAGAAGAAAACUGAGCAGAGUCUGGACUUGAGCUGCCACCUGUCCUAGGCCUACAAAUGCCCAGAGCUGUGACUGCUCUGACUUUCCCAGGAUUGGUUUAGUUUGAGGUGGUGGAGUCUCAGAUUUGUUGCUUACAGUUCAGUAAUACAGUCCUGAUUUUUUGCCCUAAUGAAACUUUUAUAUUUGAGAAUGUUCUCCAUAUGCAUGUUUGAGGUGAUUCUGGAAUGGAUUAGGAGGUCAUAUCUCAAAAUGUCAGAAAAUGUUAUAGGACAUUCAAACUUUUGUAUUUGCUGCUUCACCUCAAUAUAAGAGGCUCAAACUACGAAGGGAGACAAAGGAUAACUGACCAUAAGCAGGAAAUAGUGUUAACCUGCUUGGCUUCUUUCUUAAACACAGUAAGAAAAAAAUAGAAGCAAACAACACAAGGAUAUCUUUAAAUUCAACCUGUCUCAAUGGUAGCACACCCUCUCCUUGGGCCAUUGUUUGGACUAGGAACCCUUUAAGAAAAUGUUAGAGGGAAUAGAAUCCCCAGUUCUGUUAUCAGCUUAUUUAGACAACUGACUGUAGCAGUAUGGACAAACUGAAAAAUUUACUCUUUUGUGUGACUGAAGUUUCAGAAUAAUCAUUAUCAUGUGGGAGGCUUUUUUUUUUUUUGUGCAGAAGAAAUCUCAGAAUAUGUAUUUAUAUCUGCCUUCCACUGCUACCGAUAUAGUAAGCGUCUCCUACACAAUCAACAAUAAACAGUAAUUGAUGCAGUUCAUAGAAUAUUUUGCACUUGGGGAAAAAAUGUAUCUGAACUUGUAAAAAUAAAUGUUUGGAUUUUGUAUUGA